AUGGGCGUCUGCUUCACUGUAUUCAAAGGCUCCAAGACCGGGGAGAUUGUGGAAGCCACCGGCCGUCGGGAUCCAGGUCCCACCGAAGUCAUUGUCAAAAUCUCCCACUGCGGUCUCUGCGGCACCGACGAGCACUUUUUUCACAACGACCAAGGCCUCGGCCACGAAGGGAUCGGGGUCAUUACCGAGCUCGGCUCUGCCGCGGAUGUAGUGUCCAACUUCAAGCUCGGCGAUCGCGUGGGCAUGGGGUGGUUUUACAAGUUCUGUGGAACCUGCAAAUAUUGCCUCAACGGCUUCUCGAAUACCUGCGUAUCCCCCCAGUGCUAUGGCUCCCACAACCAGGACCAAGGCUGCUUCGGCUCCUUUGUCGCGUGGGACGUCUCGGCCCUGUUCAAGAUCCCCGACGCCAUCGCCUCCGAGGACGCCGGCCCCUUGAUGUGCGGCGGCGCGACCGUGUUCAGUGCGCUGCACACGUCUGGCGUGCGGCCGGGAGACCGAGUCGGCAUCGUCGGCGUCGGCGGUCUCGGCCAUUUGGCCAUCCAGUUUGCGUCCAAGAUGGGCAUGGACGCCGUCGUCUUCUCCAGCACAACCUCCAAGAAGGAGACGGCGUUGAAUUUCGGCGCCUCCGAGUUUUACACGGCGGCUGAUUUGGCCGAGCCCGGGAAUGUCGAAAAGGUCGACAUCCUGCUGAUUACUUCCAGCGUGAUGCCAGACCUGUCCACGUACUACCCCGUGCUGGCUCCGAGGGCGCAGAUCUACCCCCUGACCGCCAGCGCCGAGCCUAUCAAUGUCACGUCCUUGAACUUGAUCAUGGCUGGUUUUCGGAUUGUCGGGUCUGGCGUGGCCAGUGCCGGCACGAUGCAGGCCAUGUUGGCGUUUGCCGCCAAGAAGGGAAUCAAGCCGCAGAUUGAAAAGUUCCCUCUGACCAAGGACGGUUUGGUCGAGGCCAUGGCGAGGUUGAGAGAGGGCAAGAUGCGAUAUCGUGGUGUGUUGGUGGCGCCGCAGUAA